UGACUCCUUCCUCCUCCCCUUCGCUGGGCUCCGGGCGAUCGCCCCGCGCUGGUGGGGCUCCCAGUCCUCGGGAGCCGGCUCCUCUGCGCGGCCCCAGCUCGAGUUAAUAAACAGUUAAGUUUGGAAGACUCAGCAGACACGUUGAGGGGGAGUUACCCAGCCCAGGCAGCAAAAACAUCCCGGCGCAUUCCUGGGGAGUCCUCAGCUGCCAGCAUCUGAUUAGAACCAUAUCUCGCCGGGAGUGGCCCGCGGCUCCGAGGCUCCCGGGCCGGCGGCUAUUUAAGCGCGGCCGCCGUGUCGGCUGCUCGGAAGCCAGGCGGCUCAGGCACCCCCGGCAAGUCAUGCUCGCAUCGCGGAGGCGCUAGCUAGCCUGUGUCUGCAGCAGGUUAUGUUUGUUUGAGACGUCUCCAUUGGGGAUCGCUGGGUGUCACUAAGUGUCUGCUGGUGCUGGAGUUGGCUGUCUGCCUUCUUGCCAUGUCUAACGAAGCAGAAACGAGUGCAACUAAUGGUCAGCCUGACCAACAGGCCGCACCAAAGGCACCAUCAAAGAAGGAAAAGAAGAAAGGCACUGAAAAGACAGAUGAAUAUCUUUUGGCCAGAUUCAAAGGUGAUGGUGUGAAAUACAAGGCCAAGCUAAUCGGCAUUGAUGAUGUGCCCGAUGCAAGAGGGGAUAAAAUGAGCCAAGAUUCUAUGAUGAAACUAAAGGGAAUGGCGGCAGCUGCUCGGUCUCAGGGACAACACAAACAAAGGAUCUGGGUCAACAUUUCUCUUUCUGGAAUAAAAAUCAUUGAUGAGAAAACUGGGGUAAUAGAACAUGAACAUCCAGUAAAUAAGAUUUCUUUCAUUGCCCGUGAUGUGACAGACAACCGAGCAUUUGGUUAUGUGUGUGGAGGAGAAGGCCAACACCAGUUUUUUGCCAUAAAAACAGGGCAACAGGCUGAGCCACUAGUUGUUGAUCUUAAAGACCUUUUCCAAGUUAUCUAUAAUGUAAAGAAAAAGGAAGAAGAAAAGAAAAAGAUGGAAGAAGCCAACAAAGCAGUAGAGAAUGGGAGUGAGGCCCUAAUGAGUCUUGAUGACCAAGCUUGCAAACUGAAAUUGGGUGUUGACCAGAUGGAUUUGUUUGGGGACAUGUCUACACCUCCUGACCUAAGUAGUCCAACAGAAAGCAAAGAUAUCCUGUUAGUGGAUCUAAACUCUGAAAUCGACACCAAUCAGAAUCCUUUACGAGAAAAUCUAUUCUUAACAAAUGGCAUCACCUCCUGCUCUCUUCCUCGACCAAAGCCUCAGGCAUCUUUCUUGCCUGAAAAUGCCUUUUCUGCCAAUCUCAACUUCUUUCCCACCCCUAACCCUGAUCCUUUCCGUGACGAUCCUUUUGCACAGCCAGACCAAUCGACACCCUCUUCGUCUGAUUCUCUCAAAUCUCCAGAUCAGAAGAAAGAGAAUUUGAGUAGCUCGUCUACCCCUCUGAGUAAUGGGCCCCUGAAUGGGGAUGUUGAUUACUUUGGUCAGCAAUUUGACCAAAUCUCUAACCGGACUGGCAAACAGGAAGCUCAGGCAGGCCUGUGGCCCUUAUCAAGUACGCAAACACAGCCAGCAGUGAGAACUCACAAUGGGGUAUCUGAAAGAGAACAGAACGGCUUCCAUAUCAAAUCCUCCCCGAACCCUUUUGUGGGAAGCCCUCCCAAAGGACUGCCCGUACCGAAUGGCGUAAAGCAGGACUUGGAAAGCUCUGUCCAGUCCUCACCACAUGACUCCAUAGCCAUUAUCCCACCUCCACAAAGUACCAAACCGGGAAGAGGCAGAAGGACUGCUAAGUCUCCAGCAAAAGACUUACUUGCAUCAGACAUCUUUGCUCCUCCCGUCUCAGAACCUCCAGGCCAGACAUCUACAGGACAACCUGCAACCCUACAGACCAACCCCCUGGACCUCUUCAAAACCAGUGCUCCUGCCCCAGUAGGGCCCCUUGGGGGUCUAGGUGGUGUGCCAGUUAUAUCUGCUCAGACAGGACCAUGGAACCCAGCACCCUUAGUCUUCAGUCAAUCCACUACAAUGGUCCCGGGCACUAUGAUGGCUGGUCAGCCUUCAGGAUUCAGUCAGCCAAUCGUCUUUACCACAAGCCCAGCUGUUCCAGGUUGGAACCAGCCUUCAUCCUUUGCAGCCUCAGCUUCACCUCCAGCACCUGUAGUCUGGGGCCCAUCAGCAUCCGUGACACCCAAUACUUGGUCAUCAACCAGCCCGCUGGGGAAUCCUUUUCAGAGCAAUGUUUUUCCAGCUCCUGCUGUGUCAGCCCAGCCCCCUUCUAUGCUCUCCUCUCUCCUGGUCACUCCUCCUCAACCACCUCCCAGAACUGGCCCUCCGAAGGACGUCUCCAGCGAUGCCUUCGUUGCCUUGGACCCACUUGGGGACAAAGAAGUCAAGGAAGUGAAAGAAAUGUUUAAGGACUUCCAACUGCGGCAGCCACCUACUGUGCCAGCAAGGAAAGGAGAACAGAAUUCCUCUGGGACUUCAAGUGCCUUCUCCAACUACUUCAACAACAAAGUUGGCAUUCCUCAGGAGAAUGCAGACCAUGAUGACUUUGACGCUAAUCAACUGUUGAGAAAGAUCAAUGAACUACCAAAGCCAGCUCCCAGACAAGGUGCCCUGCCAGUUACCAAAUCUGCUGACAAUGCAUUUGAGAACCCCUUCUCUAAAGAUUCUUUCCGUUCAUCACCAGCCUCUAUGGCUUCUCCUCAAUCCACAUCUUCUGAUGUAUAUAGGGAUCCAUUUGGAAAUCCUUUUGCCUAACUUCUGAUCUUGGCAUACUGACUAUCCAGAGGAACAAAAAGGUUGGCCUUAGUAGUCAAGGACAAAGCUAAUAAGCAGACAAGUCCUGACCUCUGCCCUCGUUCUAGCUUUGACAUAUUAUCUGUUGCCUUAUUUCUUGCUGCCUCUUACACUUGUAGAAUGCCUUCCACUUUCUGUUUAGCUAAACUGAAUCUAUGGCUUUAAAUAAAUUAAGAACCUAAACUCUCUAGCUUAAAUGUAAAUGAAGUAGUUUUCCCUCCUUGAACCCUUGUUUAUUGUGUCCCUAGAACCUUCUAGAACACUGUGCUGUGUACCCUCUGGCUGGGUGAUGCAGCCACCACAACCCCUCAGAUCAUACUGUUUUGAAUAAAUUUUAAAAUUCUUGCUGUUCA